CAAAACCAUGCGGUCCAUGCCCAUAUACCCGUAUUAAUUAAUCUCCAAAUAAAUAUAAAACACAAGCACUACAAAAAAACCCUAACUUCAGCUCCGCAUCGCCAUUUAUCCUCUCCGAGCAAGGCGCGACGUAAGCAGAAGCCACAGGAGUCAUGGGUAUUGAUUUGGUCGCCGGAGGUAAGAGCAAGAAGACCAAGCGGACUGCACCAAAAUCCAAUGAUAUAUACCUCAAGCUCCUCGUUAAGUUGUAUCGGUUUCUGGUGAGGAGGACAGGAAGCAAGUUCAAUGCGGUGAUACUGAAGCGGUUGUUCAUGAGCAGGGUUAACAAAGCCCCCAUGUCUCUCUCCAAGCUCAUAGCACUCAUGAAGGGCAAGGAGGACAAGAUAGCAGUCCUUGUUGGGACUGUUACUGAUGACAUUCGAGUGGACGAAGUCCCUGCACUGAAGGUUACUGCUUUGAGGUUCACUGAAACUGCUCGGGCCAGAAUCGAAAAGGCAGGUGGUGAAUGUUUGACCUUUGACCAGCUUGCACUUAAAGCACCCCUUGGCCAGAACACGGUUCUUUUGAGAGGUUCGCCUAAGGCUCGUGAAGCAGUGAAGCAUUUUGGCCCAGCUCCCGGUGUUCCACACAGCCACACCAAACCCUAUGUGAGAGCUAAGGGAAGGAAGUUUGAGAGGGCCAGAGGGAAGAGAAACAGCAGAGGUUUCAGGGUUUGAGUUGGUUGAAGCCAUUGUCCAUUGUUAUGAUUUUUCUUGUUCCUACAGAUUUUGGAUGCAAUCUUUUAUUAUCUGGAGUACUUACUCCUUUCUUGUUUGCGAAUAACAUUUAGAAUUUGAUGACAUAAUUCUGCUUAGAAAGAUAUUUAUUAUUGAAUCGAGUUGCAAAAGUUGACUUCUACCCUCAUUCUGUAUGCUCAUCUCUAUUUUAAGACCCAGAAUUAUGUUAUACUGAUUUCUCUGUUUUUGUCGUUCUUCUGUGAAGUCCAAUAAUUUAAUAUUUAAGGAAGGCAUGCAACUCUGAGUAUAAGCGCCGAGUUUGAUGGAUGAGAGCUAAUAAGUCCAUGUUGUAUGCACAAGAACUUGUGUGAUGAUUUUUCUUCAUUUUCAU